AUGCCCCACCAAAAGACGCCCGAUAACCCCCCCGCGCGCCUCUCUUUGAUCUCAAGACACCUCGCUCCCGAUUACCCCAUCAACACCCCCUACGCCGUCGAACGACUCCCCGACACGGUCGACACCUCGCUGCUGCCCAAGACCCAGAUACGCGCCAUCUCCAGCUCCCCCACCAUGUCGCCCCAGCCGCCCCAUCCCACCAUCCUAAUCCCGGGCCCCAUCGAGUUCGACGAUGCCGUCCUCCAGUCCAUGAGUCACUACAGCGAGAGCCAUGUUGCGCCGGGCUUCGUCGCCACCUUUGGCGAGACGCUGUCCAUGCUGCGCAAGCUGUUGCAGACCACCGACCCCGCCUCGCAGCCCUUCGUCCUGUCCGGCUCGGGCACUCUGGGCUGGGAUCUCAUCGCCGCCAACCUGAUCGAGCCCGGCGAGGACGUCCUGGUGCUGGGGACGGGCUACUUUAGUGACGGCUUCGCCGACUGCCUGGCCGUCUACGGCGCCAAGGUGACGGAGCUCAAGGCCGCCGUCGGCUCGCGGCCCCAGCUCCCCGAGAUCGAGAAGGCCCUGUCGGAGAAGCGCUACAAGGCCAUCACUGUUACCCACGUCGACACGUCCACUGGUGUUCUGAGCGAGCUGGCCAACCUCUCGGCCCUGGUCCGCCGCGUCUCACCAGACACCCUUGUCUUCGUCGACGGCGUCUGCAGUGUCGCAUGCGAGGAGCUCGACUUUGACGGCUGGAAGCUGGACGGCGUCGUCACGGCCAGCCAAAAAGCCAUUGGCUGCCCCGCCGGCCUGUCGAUAUCCAUGUUCAGCGGCCGCGCUAUCAAGGCGCUCGAGAGCCGGAAAACCCCUCCGGCGUCGUACUUUGCCUCGAUGAAGAAAUGGCUGCCAAUUAUGCAAAACUACGAGAACAAGAAGCCCUCCUACUUCGCCACUCCGUCGCCCCAGCUCGUCCAUGCGCUCCAUACCGCCCUAUCGCAAAUACUCUCCAAGCCCCUGUCCGAGCGAUUCGCGCGCCACAAGGAGACGUCGGACAGGAUCAAGAAGGCUGUCGCAGACCUCGGCCUUAAGCAGGUUGCUCCCAACCCAGACGACCAGGCUCACGGCAUGACGGCCAUUUACCUUCCCGAGACGGUCCAGAUCCCGCAGAUCCUGCCCAGCUUAGCAAAGAGGGGCGUGGUGUUCGCCGGCGGCAUCCACAAAGAAAUCGUCACCAAGUAUAUCCGAUUCGGCCAUAUGGGCGUCAGCGUUCUCGAUCUCUCUAGGGGCGAUAUCGAUCGGGCAAUCAAGGCCCUGGAGGAGGGCCUGUCCGAGUGCGGCUAUCAAAAGGCAUAG